GCUGUGCAGCGUUUAUAGUCUCCCUCCUGAAAUUGAGGAAUUUAACUCCGCUACAUCUUUGAAGACGUUGUCCGCAAAGUGCAUAGUUUUACAAAGUGAGAAGCGUGCCCGUGUGAAUAUUACGCACACUUUGGGGCUACGCUGUACCCACAGAAUGUCUUUGCUACUUGGAUGGAUGUCUGUCUAGGAUACCAGAGUGUGGAACAGACAUGCUGGAGCAAGACUUGGAUAAGCUGAUGUUGUGCAAGGAAUAGGAUACUCAAAGAUCUAUGAGUGCAACUGACGAUGGAGGACACCAACCCAAAUAAUCCAAAGGACAGCAAAAGGAUGGAUGCCAGCACUGUCUGGCAGUGGCGGAUUAUGCAUGUAAAAAAAUACUCAAGAAGUCCUGAACCAUUCCAUUAUAGCAAUAAAAUUGGAUUGGAUUUUAAUGUUGGAUCCAUGGCACAGAAACUGGAUUUACAAUUACUGACAAAUGGGGUCAUGCUUGAGAUCUGUGACUUUGCUAAAAUGGUUACAAAGGGUAAAAGCCACUUUAUCAUGAACAUUCUGGAGAAUAAUUUUGUUCUUGGAUUGGAAAAUGAGCAACAGAGGAUUCAUUUGAGGGCUCAAAUUUCACACAAACUCAAGGAUCUGAUGAGGAGGCCUCCUAAAGAAAAACUUGAUGUUGCUGCUCUUUUAGGGUCGUCUUUUGUGCCAGAAUGUACCAGAAACUUCAAAAAUGAACCAAACGUGGGAGCACAUCCUCAGUAUGCUGGUUUCCAGGUGAAGAAGGAGGAUAAUGGUACAUAUACAGGCAAAUUUCCCUGUUCACAGACACCAUCUGAAAAAAAAAUGGAUCGACUACAUGCUGAUGUCAGUGAUGAUGAUGAAGAAAUCGAGUGCUUAGGGGCACAGUUGAAAGAAGAAAUAAAAGGAGAUAUUCUCCCUUUCUCAUACCCUUUCUGUCAAGAAAUAGGUUUGAGCUUUGAGAGCGGUGCAAAACAAAGCCUUGAUCCAGGUUUACUGACAAACGGUAUGAUGGUAGAACUGGUAGACUUCACCAGAGUACUGAUUGCAUCCUACAGUUCUAUUAUUCUCAGUGUGCUCAAGCACAAUUUUGAACUUGACCUUCAAAGUCCACAGGGCAAAAAGCAAGUUUUGUUUGGGGUGUCACAACUGCUGAAAAGGAGGAAAAAACUUAAGACCACCAGUACAAAAAUAAGUCCACAUUUUAAGAAUGAGCUGUUUUCGUUUGAGACAAAUCCCUUUAAAAGGGCUCCAACACAGUUGACUAUGGAAGAGCUUUUAUAUGAGAGCUUGAAGAAAAGAAGAAAGUAUAAUGCAAAAGCAAAUAUGCAAAAUGAAUGUGACAUGGAAGAAGAGGAAAUGGAAACGGAAAGUAACAUGUGGAAGCUGCGCGCUAACCGUGUGAAACAAAUCCUCCUAGUACUAGACAAAGAGUAUUGUACAUUCUUCAGGCCCAAUAAAGCAAAUCUAGAAUUCAAUAUUGGAUUUGGGCCCAAGAAAAAUUUGAGUGCUGACUAUCUGACCAAUUCUGUUCUGUACAAAGUUGCUCGAUUUGCCUUGGCAAUGAAUUCAUCCCAGCAGGAAUUCAUCAUGGAGAUUCUUGAGAAGAACUUUGACUUAGGCCUGAAGAACAAAGCCCAUAAACCUGCCUUUGCAUGCGAACUUAUGAGUAGAAUAAGACAGCUGCAGAAAUGUGAGGAUGCAGUCAAAUUCUCAAAAGAGGUUUUUGAAAUUCCUCGUCCUGUGCCAUCAGUCAAAAUGACAUCUCAGAGAACAGACAGUGUUGGUCCUGACCUCAGCAGCAUAUCAAGUGUGAAGGAAUCUGAUGUUGCUUCCUCACACCCUCCUGACUCACAUGCUGAAACUGAACUAAGUCUAAAUGCUACAACUACAACAAAGUUACCAGUCGGUUCACAUGAAGCGGAACCCAAUCCACACUAUGAAACCAAACCUGAAAUAAAGUCAGAGAAAAGUGUCCAUCCUUAUCCCUUCUGCAAGGAGAUUGGUCUGAAGCUGCAUGUCAGCUGCAGUCAACAAAAAAACAAACUUGGCAUCAACAAACUGAACAAAGGAGUGAUGAUGGAAGUGUCAAACUUUGCAGACAAGUUGUGUGGGACAUUUGACCAGAUUUGUCUGGAUGUUCUCAGACACAACUUUGACCUUGAUCUGCAAAGUGUUGAUUGUGACCUUGCUAGAAAUAUUCUUGCACACAUUCCUGCUGCAAAUGAGGAAAGAAAUCUAGUGACCCGUGUAACCCAUGGGAAAUCGAAGCACCCGAAAAGAGAUUAUCCAAUACUCCCAACACUGAAUUGCCAGAAUAACUCAAACUCAAACACAGAAGCAGGUAGUGCUGAGUCUACUGAGGCAAUCAUACACAAAGAUGCAAGCAGUUCCACUGACACGGAACAACAAGAUGACCUCAAUUCAGCGCUGUGGAAAUUGCGGGUUAAUCAAAUUCAGCAUAUUCUCUCAGUGCCUCACGGAGAACAUUGCCCACUUUAUUCUUACUCCAGGUGUAAGAAAUUGGGCAUCAACUUUAAUGUCGGAUCUGGAGUAAAACAAAAUCUUGACCCAAAGUUACUGACCAAUGGUAUCAUGGUCGAAGUUAACACGUUUGCCGAAGCGAUGCUGUCAUCCACAAAAGAUUUCAUCACAGCAAUCCUGGAGUAUAACUUCGGUCUAAAUUUGAACAGUGAGGCUUGUCGCAGUGCCUUUGGAAAGAAGCUUAUGCGAAAUUCCGGAGCAAUGAAGACAAAGAAACUAGCUGCCUCUCAGAAGAAAAUACUUUUUCAACUGCCCGACUCAAAAUCUGCAGAUGAAUAUGCUCCAUAUUGCCCCAAAUGCUAUCAAGAUAGAAAUAAACUUUGUCAAGAUGUAUCACAGACGGGCGACACACCUCAGCAGCCCCAAACUGUGACUGACGUUUCUACUGAUGCAACACCACAAAGUACUAAAAAUGAUCGAAUGUCUAUUUCUGCAGCAAUAAGGAAGACGAUUAUGAGCUGUUACCCCUCAUGCAGGAAAAUGGGUUUAAGAUUGCGGGUGGGCAAAACUCACCGUAAACGUAAACUUGAAACGCGUGCUUUGACCUGGGGCGUUAUGUGUGAAGUGUAUUCUUUUGCCAGGAAACUGAGUGGAACAAAACAUAAACUUGUCAACGAUAUUCUUGAGCACAACUUCAACUUGGACAAACAGACUCUAGACCUGAAUCCUUCAAUGUUGUUCUGCAGAGUACAGCCACGAGAAGGAGAGCAUGUCUGGUUUAAUGAAGUUUUUGUUAUUCAGGCACCUCGUAAAUGUACUGUUAUCGGGGUUAAAAGGGAUGGGCAAUCAACCAUGCAGACAAAUGAAUGGAAGGAAACAAUCAAAAGAAGACAGCUGGACAUGCAGGCAAAGAAGAAAAGAGCCAUGCUGUCAAGUGAUUACACGGUGGAUAACAUGGGAAGGAUUGGAUUUGAUGAAAUGGGUUUGGGCCUAGAUCAAACAGUAGAAGGCGACUUUUGCUACAUGUGUCCUAUAGAAGCAGACACAAUCACCGAUUCAGAAAACAGUGGGAAUGAGGACGAUAUAGAAAACCCAACAACAUCUCACAUCUCUGCUUCUUUCCUUACCACCACUGAUGGUUCCUCCAGUUCAGCAAUCAUAGACACAGAUAUGGACCCACCCUCUCCAAGUCACCCUGAUGAAAGUGGGCUGCUGGGAUAUGAAGAGGAGGAAGAGACUCCAACAGAAGCACCAGAGGAAAUUGAAAUGAAAGAACAGGAAAUGGAAACUGAGAGUAACAUGUGGAAGUUGCGUGCCAACCGUGUGAAACAAAUCCUCCUAGUAAUAGACAAAGAGUACUGUCCAUUCUUCAGGCCCAAGAAAGUUAACCUAGAAUUUAAUAUUGGAUUUAGGCCCAAGAAAAAUUUGAGUGCUGACUAUCUGACCAAUUCUGUUCUGUAUAAAGUUGCUCGAUUUGCCUUGGCAAUGAGUUCAUCACAACAGGAAUUCAUCAUGGAGAUUCUUGAAAAGAACUUUGACUUAUGCCUAGAGAGCAAAAGCCACACUUACACCAUUGCUUGUGAACUGAUGAAUAGAAUAAGAGGGCUUCAGGAAUGCGAGGAUGCAGUCAAAUUCUCAAAAGAGGUUUUCGAACUUCCUGAUUCCAUGUUGUCAAUGAGCACGACAUACCAGAGCACAGACAGCAGCAGAAUGAUUGAGUCUGAUAUUGCUCCCUCGUAUGCUCCUGACUCGGAUAAUGAAACCGAACCAGGUUCACAUGUUUUAAGUAUACCAGGUUCACCAGUUGGUCUAGCUGAAACUGUACCCAAAACAAAGUCAGAGGAAAAUGUGAACCUGUACCCCUUCUGCAAGGAGAUUGGUCUGAAGCUGCAUGUCAGCUGCAGUCAACAAAAAAACAAACUUGACGUCAACAAACUGACUAAAGGAGUGAUGAUGGAAGUGACAAACUUUGCAGAAAAGUUGUGUGGGACAUUUGAACAGAUGUGUCUGGAUGUCCUCAGACACAAUUUUGACCUUGAUUUGCAGAGCAUUGAUUCUGACCUUGCUAGACAUGUUCUUGCACAAAUUCCUGUUGCUAUUGAUCAUAGAAAUGUGGCAACCUGGGUAGCCCAAGCAAAGCAAAAGAACACACGAAGAGAUUAUCCAGUAAUCAUGAAACUGGAUUACCAAAACAAGCCAGAUACAGAAGCGUGCAGUGCUGGUUCUACCCGAGCAGUCACACACCAAAAUGUAAGCAGUUCCACCUAUGAUAAAAAAGAAAAUGACCUCAAUUCAGUGCUAUGGAGAUUGCGGGUUAAUCACAUUCAGCACAUCCUCUCAGUGCCUCAUGGAGAACAUUGCCCACUUUAUUCUUACUCCAGGUGUAAGAAAUUGGGCAUCAAUUUUAAUGUAGGAUCUGGAGUAAAACAAAAUCUUGACCCAAAGUUACUGACCAAUGGUGUCAUGGUCGAAGUCAACACGUUUGCUGAAGCAAUGCUCUCAUCCACAAAAGAUUUCAUAAUGGAGAUCCUGGAGUACAAUUUUGAUCUAAAUUUGAACAGUGAGCUGUCUCGCAUUGCCUUUGCAGAGCAGCUCAUGCAAAACAUUACAACACUGAAGUCAAAAAAAUUCAACCUGCCUCAGAAGAAAAAGCUUUUUCUACUCCCUCACUCAGUCUUCAUAGAGGAUUAUACUCCAGACUGCCCCAAAUGUCAUCAAGAUAGAAAUUGCAAGCUUCCCAAGGAUGACUCUUACUCUAGUAACAUGCUUCAUCAGCCUCCUGUUGUGACCAGCAGCAUCUCUACUGAUGCAAGCUGCACAGGACAAAAGCAUCCAGAUGAUCAAACGUCUUCUUCCACAUCAAUAAAAGAAACAAUAUUGAGCACUUACCCGCUCUGUAAGAAAAUAGGUUUAAUCCUGUGUGUGGACAAAGCUCACCCAAAACUUAAACUUGACACGCAUGUUUUGACAUGGGAGGUCAUGUCCGAGGUGUAUUCCUUUGCCAGGAAGCUGUGCGGAACAAAACACAAGCUCGUGAAUGAUGUUCUUGAACGCAACUUCAAUUUGGACAAACAGAGUCUAGACAUGAAUCCUUCAGUGCAGUUCUACAGAGUGAAUCCACACGAUGGAGAGCCCGCCUGGUUUAGUGAAGUUUUUGUUAUCCAGCCACCGCGGACAUUUCAGAUUAUUGAGAGUGUACAAGAAGAGCUACCUGCCGUGCAGAGAAAUGAAUGGAAGGAAACAGUUCGAAAAAGACAGCUGGACAUGCAGGCAAAGAAGGAAAGAGCCAUGCUGUUAAGUAAUAAUGCAAGUGCCGUGACAUUAAGCAAAAAUAAGCAGAAAAAUCUGUAUCCUGUUUGCAAAAAAAUAGGUUUGGACCUGGAUGUCUCAUCAAAAUUAGCAGACAAAAAUAAGCUGCAUUUAAAGUUGUUGACAUCAUCAGUACUGUUGGAAAUACAGAAAUUUGCAGCCACGAAAAGAAACCAGUAUUUCCCGGCCAUUUUGUUUGACAUCCUAGACUAUAACUUUGACAUUAGCUCACAACAUCACAGGCGCUGGGAAUUUUCAAUAGCUGCAGCAACCAAGUUCCAUUCAAUGAUCAAACAGUAUAGAAAUACAGGAGUAGAAAAGAUCUUCAAAUUACCACUUCUGUCUGGACCCAAAUUCCCACAGAGCUCAAGACAAAAUCCACAAAAUGAGAAAAGUCCUCAAAGACUGAAUGACAACAAAUGUGUGCAGCCAACAACAUACCGUGCAAUCCAAAUGCAACCUGUGACAAUAAUGCAGAUGAAUGUUACCCCCAUGAACAUCCCUACAAUUACCUCCGUGUUUACACCUAUCAUCACCCCUGUGGUUACCCCCAUGAUUACCCCUACAAUUACCCCCAUUUUUACACCUGCAGUUACCUCCAUCAAUACCCCUACCAUUACCUCAAUCAAUACCCCAACGACUGUAGGUUGUGACAGUUUUCUUCCCGGAAACCUCCAGAUUAAAGAGGAGGAAGAUGAUCCACGUUAUGGCAAUAUGAUACCACCACUGGAUGCUGGAAAAAACUAUCACCAAGGUAAUGAUCAUGUCAGGACUGAUUUAAACACUGAGGCUGUCAAGAAUUUAGUCUCAGGUCACCCUGCAGGAUCCCUAGGGCACAAAUGUCCAGCCUCUGAAAGCAAUAAUGGGAGCAAAUCAGAAACACCAUCUACUUCACAACUUGCUGUUGGAUGUGUGCAAACUUUAUGUCUGAAUAGUGAGACUGUCAUAAAAACAGAGUUGGAUACUGAGGGAUCCCUGGAUUACUACAUGGUAACUGUCGGUCAGGACACUGAUAUCAAAGAGGAGCAAGAACAUGUGCCAACUGAACGUGCAGAAAGUGAAGUGGACAUUAAACAGGAAUUUGAAACUUAAUAGUCUACACAAGAGACAUGUGUUCUACACUAAACACAUCAUGGAAAAAACAAUUGAAUAAUGUUGUGAAAAGCUUUUUGUUGUUGAUGGAGGAGGAGAGUUUGUUUGAUGACUUUUGUUAGAGCUGUCUGAAUCUAUACAAACUAAUAAACAUGUGGGCUCAAAGCCUGAAAAAAUGGGUCAUACUGACCAAAAGGUUUCAGUGUGGAUGGCUGCAGCAUGCAAUUCUCAUGUAUCACACAUUUCAGUGUCAUUUAUUUCCCUUCUGUAGCCACGUUCUAGUACUCUAAUGUGUAAAAACUUUGUUGAACUUCAUGAAUGCAAUUUUUUUUUUUAUUCAGCCCAUUUGAGGUAUCCUGGUCUGUUUGUAAAAGUUGUUUUCUUCCUUGGUUCUGCUCAUUUUAUUGCAUUUUAUUUUUUACUCUUUAUGAUAUUUCACUUUCUAAAUGAGCAAAAAUAGUAAUAAUAGUAAUUACUGUGUAAAUGUGUAUAUACGUAUUUUUCAGAUAAUUUUCCACAAUGGCAACAAUAAUGAAAACUUUGUAAAUUACUAAAACUUGUAAUUUCUUGAAGCUGCAACACAAAUAGAUGUAUGUAUUGAUAUUUGAGAUAAUGAACACCUUGAUAGCUCACUGUAUGUACAUUUUGUAUAAAGAUUUGAAAGCAUUUCAUAUCCCUGUGUAUCUUCAUGGUGUAGUUUUUUAUAUAUAUAUAUAUAUAUAUAUAUAUAUACAUGCACUGUAAUUACCAAAAUAAUUUUUGUCUCUCUAAUGGCUAAUCCACCAGUAUGCACAAGCUUUUUCUGUUUUUAAUGCUAAAAUAUAAUUUAUCUGUUAAUUUUCAAGUUUACUGUUCAACAAAACACAGAAAAAAAAGCAUAUUGUUAUUUUUGUUUUGUUUAAGAUGCCAAAUCCCAGUUGUUUGCUUGCAUUUCUGAACAGAAAAGUUAGUUUUAGUGGCUGAAUCUUAUUCUUGAUCAAUUUCUGAGCAAAGUUCGGUGCACUGGCUGAAAUUUGGGUAUAGAAACAUGUAUUUAGUUUAUUUACCAAUUAAAUAAUUUAUAACAA